UUCCCAUUCGGCAGCGAGCGCGCGCGGACGCUCGCAAAAAUAAUAACUCCGGCGAGGGCGUCCCCUUUACUGAUUCGCCAUCAUGUCGAAAAACUGCAUGAUAACGUUCGACCAGAAUGAGCACGGCACCUACUUCACCGGCCAGGUGAUUACCGGCAAGGUGAUCGUCAAUCUGACCAAGACCAAGAAACUGCGCGGAAUCAAACUGGAGAUCAGUGGCUAUGCGCAGGCACAGUGGAGACUCCGCAGACAUGGCCGGGCGGUGGCCAUCCAAAACUCGAAGAAGCGAUCGAAGCACCAGUACAGCGGACGGGAGGACUACAUAGCCUCCACCACUUACCUAAUGGGCUCCGAGCAGGGCAGUAACUUCAGCAUGGACGCUGGCACCUACACCUACACUUUUGCCUGCCCCAUUCCCAGCCACUGUCCCUCGUCCUUUGAGGGUGCUUUCGGCCAUAUCCGGUACCUGGCCAAGGUCACCUUCCUCAAGCCGGGCGCCUCCAAUCGCACCCACAACGUGGGCUUCACGGUGCUGAAGCUUCUAGACCUUAACCAGGAGAGCAAGAUGCUCCGCGAGCCGGCGAGCAACGAAGCCGUGGAGUACUUCUGCCUAAUGCACACGAAGCCCGUGGAGCUGAAGGUCACUCUGCAGCAGCAGGGCUACGUCCCGGGUCAGUUUUUGCUGGUCCACGCCCAGGUGCGCAAUGAGUCCAGCGCCGACUGCCGGAAACUCCUGAUCAUGCUGCACCUGCGGGCUACCUACACGGCGGACCAGCCGUCUCUCCGCACGACCUCCGAGAAGAUAAUGCUGGUGAAGCGCGAGUGCGGACCGGUGGCUCACCAUGGCCAGAGGACCUACACGGAAUCCCUGAGGAUCCCGGCCACGGCACCCACCUGCGAGCACCUGAGCAAGGUGGUGCGCGUAUCCUACGAAGUGCGUGUGGUGGCUGUGAUGAACUGGUUGAUGGCCAACCCGCGGGUGAUCAUCCCCAUAACCAUAGGCAACGUGCCGCUGGCCACUGCGGCCUCGGGACCGGACUUCCUGCCGGCCAACGCCUAUGCCGCCGAAAUUGGAAGCCCGCUGCCCUCCGAUUUGCCGUGCACCUCCACAAGAGCCAUGGAACUGGCUCAGAUGUCCAGCAGCGGGGUGAGCAACUCCGGCUACGAGAUAAGCGAGGAUCUUGAGGACUUCGAGCUGCCGGAGGACGGAGACGAUGAGCAGGAGGCGAGCGACGAGUUCGUGUCAGACUUACCUCCCCCUACGUACGAACAAGCCAUGUUUAUGACCGCUGAUAUAGCGGACACAGACGCAAACACCGUCAGCGCGUCUUCCCGGUUUACACCGCGCUACCCGGUUUUCGAUGUGGACACCUUCCAAAACCCCCCACCCAAUCCUCCGCAAAAAAAGAGGCGCCGCCGCCGGAGACGACCCGCCGAUCCUGGACAGUCGAAGCAGCGUCCGGAGAAACAGCCCGUGGAGUCACCCGUGCAAAUCUGAGUGCGCUAUCGCUUUAAAUUCGACUUUAUCUUAUCUCGGCAGUAUUUAUUUCUUUUUUGGUUUGCCAGUCUACUAACCAAAUGAUAGUAUAUAUACCUACACAUACCUACGAAAUGGUAAAUAAACAAACAAGAAUAUAAAAGUGUCUCCCUGGGUGACAUGCGAUAAACUGCGAUAAUUGACCUGACAGCAAAAAUCUUUGAAAUCAGCAAGCAAAAUAUUUGUGAUAUCAAUAUUUAUACCCUUGCAGAGGGUAUUAUAAUUUCAGUCAGAAGUUUGCAACGCAGUGAAGGAGACAUUUCCGACCCUAUAAAGUAUAUAUAUUCUUGAUCAUCAUGACUAGGAGAGUCGAUCUAGCCAUGUCCGUCUGUCCGUCCGUCUGUCCUUCCGUUUCUACGCAAACUAGUCUCUCAGUUUUAAAGCUAUCUGCAUGAAACUUUCCCAAAAGUUGUCUUCCUAUUGCAGGUAGUUUAUAAAACGGAUCGAGCCGGAUCGGACGACUACAGCAUAUAGCUCCCAUAGGAAAAAUCGGAAAAGAAAAUAAAAAAAAUUAUAACUUUGCUGUUUUUUAAUUUUUUUUAGGUCUUCGACACAUAGUAAUGGUUAAAUACUUCAGAAUUACGGUUUAAAUUUCAUAAAAAUCGGACGACUAUAGCAUAU